AUGGCCAUAGAUACGCACCCGACACCGUUACAAUUACCCAAUAUGCAACUACCACAGAUGGACCCUUCACCUACUGCAGCUACGACAGCAGCUUCGACACCAGAGCGCAUCAAUUUGUCCGAUAUGGAUUCUUCGCGCUAUGCCGCCUUUGGUUCCAUUUUCAUUUUGGGAGUGGACUCGUGUCUCUUUCCAUUGGAUACCAUCAAGACAUUAAUCAUGUCGCAACGGGAAGCAACUUUUGGUCGAGAACCUAAUAUUCUUAGACUUAUAUGGCGGAUUGCCAAAACUGAAGGGAUCGCCCGAUUCUGGCGUGGCCUUCCGCCAGCAGUCGUCGGUUCCUUUCCUGGACAAGCAAUGUAUUAUCUUGCCUACGAAACGGCCCAAGAUGUGUGUGCACAGUCAAUGGCAAAAGAAACGUUGGAGAAGAGUGUGUUUUUGAGAGGUUUUAUUGCUGGGGCUUGUGCGGAAAUAUCGGCCGGACUGUUUUAUGUCCCUGCUGAUGUGGUGGCUCAGCGGUUGCAAGUGCAGAACCUCAAUGGGUUCAACCAUAAUUCGAGGUUAUAUGCAGGACCAAUAGAUCUUGCGAAAAGAAUCAUGCGCAGCGAAGGACUUCGGGGAUUCUACCGCGGAUAUCUUGCAUACAUAGGAGCGUAUGCGCCAGCCUCCGCUGUCCAGUGGGGAUCCUAUGAACACAGCAAACCCCUCCUGCAUGGCGUACUGGCUGCUAUUGAGAGAAAACGAAGUAUACGGAUACCAAAUCGAGAUCAUAUCGUCAACGGCAUCAGUGGCGGAUUCGCUGGUUUGUGUGCUGUCUGUGCAAAUAAUCCUUUUGAAAUCCUUCGAAUUCGCCAUCAGCUGCUAGAUAGAAGUUGUCCGGCGGAUGCCGAAGUAAUUAGACGUGGUUACUGGUAUUUGGCAAAAAGUAUAUAUCUUAAGGAGGGGCUGGCGGGCUUUUACAAGGGCUUGAGAUUGAGAUUAUUGGUUACUGUGCCUGGAGCCAUGGUAGCUAUGAGUGGCUAUGAAACGAUAAAGACGUGGAGUUCGCAGUAA